UUGUUGGGAGGAGGUCAGGUCGGUCGAACGGGAGCGGGUCGGUCGAACGAUCGAAGGGCCCCGCUCCACGGCUCAGUUGUAGCGCCGACUCCCGGCAUACACGAAGUCGCGUCGUAGUUUAAAGGCACACUCUGUACAAACGUAGACACGCACGCCUCUUUCUUCCGUACCUCCGCCUCGCCUCGCCUCGCCUUCGCCUUGCCUCGCUACGUAGUGAGCAACAGAUAUUAACGUGCACGUUGUAGAAGCGAUCCCCGAUCUGUAGAAAGCGAAAUGCAACGUCCAGCCGCCGAUCAUUGGAUCAGAAAAAUCCUCCUCGUGUAUAUUUUGCAAUUAUUUCCAUACACGACGCUGGCGGAGCACAUGAAGGUUCAGUUGAUUGCGCCGCAGUAUAUAACAUAUGGCGAAACGGCUACUUUGUUCUGCAAUCAUACUGUUUCGGACGAUUUGCUGCACAAAAUAGAAUUUAUGAAGGCCGAGAAGAGGAUAUUUCAGUAUAUAAAGGAAAGAAAUCCGCCGUAUAUCGAAACGCAACAUAUCGACGGCAUUAAGCGUCUGGAGUAUUCGAAAAAUGGCACGACAAUCAAACUGCACGAUGUACAUUUCGAUGCUAGCGAUUCUUAUACCUGCGAGGUCACUAUGACAACGCCCAUUUAUACCGCGGGUGCUGAUCCUGUAUACAUGAAAGUGAUACGUCCACAGAGUGCGACUCCUAAAAUUACAUUUCAAAAGAGCAUAUAUAUGGUUGGCGAGAGCCUGGAGGCAAAUUGUACUUCCUCGGCCGCAUAUCCAGUUCCUUAUAUAACAUGGUUUAUAAAUGGCAAAGAGGUGGAUAUUACUUUAGUGAAUCACUAUCCGCAUACGCAUCAUAAGAAUGAUGCCUAUUUGAUGUCUGCUACCGCCAGAUUAAAGGUGGAAGUUUCUGCGUUGCAUGCCGGGCCAAAUGGAGACUUGGAGAUCAGCUGUCGGGCAACAAUACCCGCUUUUCCCAUGCAGCACGAGAAAUUUGCCGACAUUAAGACAAAGGCGGUGUUGGUGCAAAUUAUACCAGCGCCGGAAAUGACGUCUUCCGCGGCGAUUCUCGUACGAGAACUAACGCUAUCUACAAUACUGUGCAUAUUAAACGCGAUGCACGAAUUUAUUCCUUAAUAAAAGUCAAUUGCUCUAGGAUAAUUUGGCUGUAACAUACUUAAUCGUAAGGAUAUUAAGGCGAUGAACAUAAGAUCGAACAAUCACAAUGUCUUCCUUCGAUAUAUCGAAAUACACGGGGGCAGCGGUUUUAUUGUCUUUGCAGAAGUUUUGUAAAUUCAUAGACGCGGCUUCUUCGUGCGCAACUAUUUUCGAUUAUUGCUUAUAACGAGCGUCGUCUGUCUCGCGAAACAUAUCAAUUCUCAUGAGAAGUAAUGUUUGAAUAUUCGGCAAGUGUGUCGGAAAGCUAUGUCUCUUCCUUCCGUAUACGCGUAUCUACUUAUUAUAUAAAAUAUAUCGAAUUUUGAAAUUUUUAUUCGAGGAUAGAAACAGUAAUAACGAUCUAUAUUAUCGCAGAAAUAUUUUCGCGAUGCGAAAUAUCUCCAUUUCAUAGCGGACAAAAAAUUCAAUGUGUAAUAUACACAAUAUGCAUAAAUAUAUAUUAUAUAUAUUGUUGACUUAAUUAACGUAAAAGUCUUUUAAAGAAACAGUUUAUUCCACGCUUUAAAAUGAAAUGUGGUUCUUUAUUGUUAAACACACAUAUGAAGAUCUGAUCUAUAAUAAUGUUAUCGAGAUACUCUGUUAUAUCACUGUUGUAAAUUGUAAUUUAUAUCUUAUUUUGAAAAACGAUAUAGUUUUCCGAUACGCAUAGUAUAACAUUUCAUCUAGUCUCGCCUCGCCGCUAGGGAAAUACAAUGUUUUUUAAGCUAGCAAAUGCAUUCCUGUUAUUGUGCGCACAUUUCCAUAAAAAUCAUGCAAAAAAUUGGUGAUCAUAAAAUACUUGGAAAUCCGUUGAAUUAGUUUAACAGAUUUUCUCUUUUUACUUUAAAACAAAAAGAAAAUCUAAUUUCUCGAUAUCAGUUUCUCAUUUUUUUUCUUCUAAUAAAUCUUUCUCUAUCGGAGCAAUAUUUU